GCAGCGACAGCCCGACCGUCUGAAACAGAAGAUGGCCUCGUCUAUCUGGAAGGGGUUGGUUGGUGUUGGUCUCUUCGCUUUAGCCCAUGCAGCUUUCUCAGCGGCGCAGCAUCGAUCUUACAUGCGACUCACAGAGAAGGAGAAUGAAACACUACCCAUAGAUAUUGUGCUACAGACCCUGUUAGCCUUCGUAGUGACCUGUUACGGCAUAGUUCACAUCGCUGGGGAGUUCAAAGACAUGGAUGCCUCUUCAGAGCUCAAAAACAAGACGUUAGACACUUUGGGAAACCACCCCUCCUUUUACCUGUUCAAUCACCGGGGCAGGGUCCUCUUCCGCUCCCCUGACGAGGAGCCCUCGUCUGCCCCCAGCGCCCAGGCCCUGCCCUCCAACCCGCUGCGGUUACGCAAGCUGGAGCCAUCGCAACACUGAGACUGGCCUCCCUGGGACUCCUCCCUGUCCUUUUUGUUUUCCAUUAUAGACAGAUAUAACCUCACUGUUUCAGAAGGGAAUACGAAAAAAUGACCGUUACAAAAUCUUAACCCUUGUAAUAGGACCCACGUUUGACACCUCACCCCAUUUCUUCCUUUCUCCCUUUUCUUCAGGUGUAUGGUAGUACUUUUGCAUUACAUUCUGACACUUAACUCUUUGAACUGUGCCAACGUCUUUGUUAUUUAGGAGUGAUUAGGUGUGAUUUCUCUGGAAUAAUAAUAAGAUCUCAGUUCUCCCUCUGUCUUCUGUUAAAGCUGUUACUGUAGACAGGUAUCACACCCAACAGAUUCUCUUUUGUCUCUUCCUGAACUUGAGCCACCAAAUGUUUCAUAUGUAUUUCCUUACAGUUGUACUUCUCCUUUGCACUACAGAAAUGUGAUUUAAGUUGCAGUUCAUGGAUCACGUACCCACCGUUAUUUCAUGGAGAUGGAAUUUAUAUACUGAUUAGGAGUUUGAGAUCUUGUUCAGCUGAUUUAACAAACCGUUAAUUGAAACUGCAUAAUAAAGAAAGUCAGGUCACAGGCAGUGGAAAGUAGGUUAGAGCAAUGUGACGUUACUGAUUAUGCCAGUAACGCUGAGCUGUGGGAAUCUGUGGCACGCACAG